GUCAGCCUAGCUCCAUUGCCUAGCCUCUCUCCUCGUCCUCCAUUUCCAUCUCGUUCUCUGCAGCUACCUUUGCAUAGGCUUCCAUGGACAUGGCCGGGUCUCUGAUCUUGUGCACAGUCCUUGCAGCGUGCCUCGCGCACACCGCCGCCCAGUGGAACCCUGGCACCGCCACGUUCUACGGCGGACCCGACGGCUCCGACACCAUGGGUGGCGCGUGCGGGUACGGCAACCUGUACAACGCUGGCUACGGUAUUCUCAACGCGGCGCUGAGCGAGACCCUGUUCAAGGGAGGCGCGUCGUGCGGGCAGUGCUACACCAUCUCGUGCGACGGGUCGCGCCCGGGCGGCGAGUACUGCAAGCCCGGCACGUCGAUCACCGUCUCGGCCACCAACCUGUGCCCGGCCAACUUCGCGCUGCCCAACGGCGGCUGGUGCGGCCCGGGGCGCCCCCACUUCGACAUGUCGCAGCCGGCGUGGGAGCACAUUGGCGUCUACCAGGCCGGCGUCAUCCCCGUCGUGUACCAGCAGGUCAAGUGCUGGCGCAGCGGCGGCGUGCGCUUCAGCAUCGCCGGGUUCAACUACUUCCUGCUCAUCAACAUCCAGAACCUCAGUGGCAGCGGCUCCGUGGGCAACGCAUGGAUCAAGGGCGACAACACCGGGUGGAUCCAGAUGUCCAGGAACUGGGGAGCAAACUGGCAGGCGCUCUCCGGGCUCGUCGGCCAGGGGCUCAGCUUCGCCGUGACCAGCACCGGCGGGCAGUACAUUCAAUUCCUCAACGUCGUCCCGGCGUGGUGGAAGUUCGGCGAGACCUACACCACCAACCAGAACUUCUACUACUAAGAUUUCCAAACUUAUACAAUGCGGUCCACUUGCCAGUGCAUCGUUGGUGAUGACGACUGACUGGCAUAGAUCGGCGAUAUUUCGACUGCAGGAGGUCGAAAGGAUUCCCCCCUACACUGUAGAUAGCAUCUCAUACUAUUGUUCUUAAA